GGGAAAUUGUUUGUUCAGCAAUUCCUUCCAUCCUACCCCUCUAAAGUUUCUCUAUCACGAAGCCUCUGGGCUAUAUAUACUCCCUUGACUCUUCCGUCUGAUCCUCUUGACUUUCCAUCUCCCUCUCUCUUUGAGUUUCACUCGUACUGUUUUAAACGAAAAACUCAAGUCUGAACAACUAAAGAUGUCUAAAGCAGUCAUUGGUAUCGUCACUUAUUCGACUUAUGGUCAUAUUGCCAAAAUGGCCCAAUCGGUCAUUAAAGGUGCAGAACAAGCAGGUGUGACUGUGAAAGUUUACUCUUUCAAGGAAACUCUCACCGAAGAAAUCCUCACCAAAAUGCACGCUGGUGGCUCGCUCAACCCACCUUACCCUAUCAUUACCCCUGAGGAGCUUAUUCAUCUGGACGGUGUCAUCAUGGGCUUCCCUACCAGGCGAGUCUUUUCUACAUCAUACGGCCGUGCGCCUGCUCAGGUGUCGAGCUUCUUCGACGCUUGUGGUAAGAUCUGGGGAGAAGGGAAAAUGGUUGGCAAGAUGGUGACCAUAUUCACUUCGGCUGCCGGACAGCAUGGUGGUCAUGAGGCCACGGCACUCACCACUAUGCCGUUCUUCGUACACCAUGGAAUGUGUUACGUACCCAUCGGUUACACCCACCCAUUCGUCAACCAGACUGAUACUAUGGCUGGUAACUCUCCUUAUGGAGCAUCAUGCAUUGCUUCCGCCGAUGGAAGCAGGCAGCCAAGUGCUGAAGAGCUCGCCGUUGCCGAGCAUCAAGGAAAAUACUUCGCCGAGUACGUUGCUACUUUUAUCCGUGGCAAGCAGGCUUAG